AUGAGGUGUCAAGCCGGUACAGGAACGUGUGUGGUGGACAAGGCUCACAGAAACCAAUGUCAGGCAUGUCGGCUGAAGAAAUGUUUACAGAUGGGAAUGAAUAAAGAUGCGGUCCAGAAUGAAAGACAACCACGCAAUACAGCCACCAUCCGGCCCGAGGCUCUGGUAGAGAUGAACAAUGAACGCUUAUUCAGAGAGGGUAUGGCAGCAACAGUGGCAGUGGGAGUUUUCCCUCCUACUCUCACUACAUCGCUCUCCGGAUCCUGCAUAACCCCACACUCUGUCUCCGACGAAUCUUUGACCGAAAACCGUAGAGAAGAAACAACCAGGCCCAGCGCCCUCAGCGUAGCUACGGUAGCAUCAACUACGUCCUCGUACAGCGACGUUCCACUCUACACGUGUCCGACUCCUGGCCAAGAAACGAUAUACGAAACUUCAGCACGUUUGCUCUUUGUGGCAGUAAAAUGGGCCAAAAAUCUUCCUUCAUUUGCCAACAUACCGUUUCGAGAUCAGGUUAUUCUCUUGGAAGAGUCAUGGGCGGAGCUUUUCCUUCUGUGUGCCAUUCAGUGGUGCAUGCCCCUCGAGCAUAGCCCGCUUUUCACGUCCAGCGAGCACGUGCAUGCAGGCUUGCCCAAUGGGAAGGCAGCACUAACAUUGGCGGAUUUACGCACGCUGCAAGAAGUGAUGUCAAGAUUCAAAGCGAUUGGAGUAGAUCCUGCAGAAUUUGCUUGCUUGAAAGCAAUAGUUCUUUUCAAGACAGAUUCUCGUGGUUUAAAAGACGCUCACCAGGUGGAAGUUCUGCAAGAUCAAGCACAUCUGAUGCUCCAGCAGCACGUCAAGACACAACAUCCUACGCAUCCAGUCAGAUUCGGAAGACUACUGCUGAUGUUGCCCUCGUUAAGAUAUGUUCCAGCAGACAGAAUAGAAACCUUGUUCUUCCAGAGGACGAUUGGUAACACCCCAAUGGAGAAAUUGCUGUGUGACAUGUAUAAGUGCUGAACAUGGAAACUUUAUAUGUUCUAGCGUCGUCGUGGAGUGUUAAUCACUUUUUCUGACGUGUCUCCUGCAUGACUAACAAAUAUUAGGCCCAAUGAUAAUUACUGUUUGGGCAUGUGAAAGACCAAAUGUUUUAAGAAAGUUACUCCAAUAGUAAACUAUUAGGCACACGCACAAGACAGAGUGUCAUCAGUGAAUUAGAAAUAAAAUAAUGAUUUCUGCUAUCUUCUUUGGUUGCAAACUGUAUGACAACUGACUGAUGCGGAGCCAUACAAUCCAGAAAUAAAAUAAGUCUCCGGAGUUGUACAUUUAAAUUAGAGUACACUACUCUUACAAAAGGAAUAUUGAUUCUAUUGUAAACAAGCCAGUAAAAAGAUAAGAUUUUAAAGAUUCUCAAUUUUGUAUAAAAUCCAUAUCUCAUCAUGAAAAUCCACUCUAGAAUUA